UCUCCGUCCACCUUCACAGCAACAGUCAAUCAGUAGUGAGGCCAGCUCUGCAAAGUUAAAAAAACGAGUCACAACUCACUAGUUGAGUUGAAUCCAUUUUGUUUUCUUUCACACAAAUGACGCGAAUUUUAUUCUAUUAUUUAUUGUCGGUUAUUUAGUCCCCAAAAUCGCGUGUUCCAAAACUACCACAGCGCCCGUCAUCUCCAUCCAUUGCCCUAAGCCAAGCUUUCACGCCGUCGGUGAUGUUCUCCCCUCCGCCGCUGAAAUCGAUUUUAUAAGUCAAUUUCUUUGAUUAUCCCAUUUUUUUCAUCGAUUUUGUCCAGAUCUGAUUCAAAGAUGGCGGCGGCGAGGCGGUUACGGGAUCUCCAAUCACAGCCGGGCAACAAAACUUGCGUAGACUGUAACCAAAAGAAUCCACAGUGGGCUUCGGUUUCCUACGGCGUUUUCAUGUGCUUAGAAUGCUCCGGCAAGCACCGCGGCUUAGGUGUCCACAUCUCGUUCGUCCGAUCCGUUACAAUGGAUUCGUGGUCCGACAUCCAGAUCAAGAAAAUGGAAUCCGGUGGUAACGAGAAGCUCAACUCCUUUUUGGCACAAUACGGUAUUCCUAAAGAUUCCGAUAUCGUUACCAAGUAUAACACUAACGCCGCGAGUAUCUACCGCGAUCGUAUCCAAGCCCUAGCCCAGGGCCGUGCCUGGAGGGAUCCACCCGUUGUGAAGGAGACUCUCAACGGUGGUGCUGGUAGUAAUCGGAAGCCGCCGUUGAGCAGUGGAGGUAGCCGGGGCGAUAAUGAUGGAGGUUGGGAUAGUUGGGACAACGACGAUUCCUUUAGAUAUUCGAGCGAGAUAAGGAGGAAUCAAUCGGCGAGUGAUUUUAGAGCAGGGAAUUAUCACGGUGGUGGAGUGGGAGGUGCACCAGUGAAGUCGAGGUCAAGUGAUGAUAUGUAUACGAGAUCCCAAUUGGAGGCUUCGGCGGCGAAUAAGGAGAGCUUUUUUGCGAGGAAAAUGGCAGAGAACGACUCGAGGCCAGACUGGUUGCCCCCUUCACAAGGAGGGAAGUAUGUUGGUUUUGGAUCGAAUCCUAUGCCUACCCAGAGGAAUAAUAAUAAUUCUCAAGGGGAUGUGCUCUCUGUUGUGUCUCAGGGGAUUGGGAGGCUAUCUUUGGUAGCUCAAUCUGCCGCAAAUAUUGUCCAAGCAGGAUCCAAGGAGUUCACCUCGAAGGUGAAGGAGGGUGGUUAUGAUGCCAGGGUUAAUGAAACUGUCACUGUUGUCACCGCAAAGACAAGUGAGAUUGGCCAGAGGACGUGGGGCAUCAUGAAAGGGGUCAUGGCAAUGGCUUCACAGAAGGUUGAGGAGUACACUAAAGAUGGCAUGAAUGGUGCGAGGAAUGGAUAUUAUAACGAGUUUAAACACGAGAGUAAUGGAUGGAAUUCUACUUCUGGAGGACAAUCCUCUUCUGCCGGUAAUAAUACUUCUUAUAACUCAAGUUCUUGGGAUGACUGGGACAUGAAAGACAACAGGAAGGGAGACAAUACAAAAGUGACUGCCUCUUAUAGCAAUGAUGGUUGGGCUGGCUGGGAUGAUGCCAUGGAUGAUGGAUAUGAUAAUUUCUAUAACGGUUCAUCUGAUAAAAAAGCCUUCAGUCAUAAUGGAAAAUCAGAUUCCACAUGGACUGGUGGCGGCUUCCUUUAAGAAGUUUCAACAUUUUAAACGAACACAGUCUGAUGUAUGGCCCAAUGUCCAGGUUGAACUUCAGGGAUCAGAAUUCUUAUUUCUUACUUAUCCGGAAAUGUAACUAGUCACUAGAACACAAUUUAUUCCAGCUGGGGACAGCGGAUGCAGGGGAUAUAUAGCAUUUAUUAUAUCGUACUACAGCUGCUAAGAAUCAUUGUUUGCGAAUCAGGGAUGCUUUUGAUGGAGUUGAUAAUUUCUUCUGUAAGUUUCGUGUUUGAUGCAAGUUUAAAUUUAUAAAACUGUGGACAGAAGGUAAUUUGCCCUA